CGUGAAAAAAAUUGAAGACCUGUCCUCAGGCAUCACAUGAAUUUGCCCAUUUAGGAGUAAAUAAUAUAGCAACCUCAUCUACCACUUAAAAAAAAGAAGGUAAGGUUGUAACCAAUGAAAACUCCACACUAUAUAAACCCGUAACAAUAAGAGUGUGGCAAAAUUUCAAUACACAAACAAGCCCAUCAAUAACCAACCCCAAAUCUCAACCUUUAUCAACCAGUGUGUCUGCAAACAGGAAGGAGGAGGAGUCACACCCAAUAGAAGGCUUCAUAAUACUAAUCAAAUUCUUCAAGGUGAGUGGAAAUAAUACUUUACUUUUAAAUUGUUUAUGAUAGUCCAUUUACUUGAACAUAAUGUCUAAUAUAAACAUUCUGAGUGGAAACUCACAGUUUUUUUAAAAGCCUCACCUUCAUAAGAAGUUAUUUUACCAAAAAAAAGAAGUAUUCAUACUACUGAAAUUUGUCUGGGAUUUAAGAGAUUUUUUAAAUUUUGAGAUGGAACUUUCUAAAGCAUGCUCAGAGUAAAUUUUUAAAAUUUCUGGAAAUGAAUGGUACUCUUCUCCUUAAAAAAUAAGCAGAUGAAUUCCUCCCUACACUAUGACUUUUGAAUUUUAAGGUAGAACCAAUUACAUGUUUUAAUUAACAAACUAAGCAUGUUAAUACUCUUAAACCAAACUCUGCCCCGAAAAAAAAAUCAGAGAUAAGGAUUUCAAUUAAAAUGAGUUGAGGUAUGAACAAAUCAAAUCUCUUAUUAACAAAGAAUAAUAGUAAUAAUAAUAAUAAUAAUAAUAAUAAUAAUAAUAAUAAUAAUAAUAAUAAUAAAUAACAGGAAUUGAUCAGUUCCCCAGCCACUGUUUUUUUCGAAAUUGGAAGAGGAUAACAACAAUAGGAGAAAUGUGGGUACCAUCCGGAAGGUUUGAGAUUAAAUUGAUAAAAAAGAGGGAUUUUGGUAAUACCUUAAUUACAAAGAAAGAACUCCGGCUGAGAGGGAAACCCGACGAUUGAAGACGGCACGGGGACGAUGACGACGAUCGGCGAAGAUGACAACUGGAUGUUUUCCCUCUUUCUCGUUCUUCGUCGAAGUCGCCGCACGGAAAAAACAAGAACGGAAAGGAAGGAACGAAGAAGAGGAUCUGAUCCAUAAAUGAUUGGUGCUCCGUAUACAUCCUAAUCCCAAUCUAAGUUUAAGUUUUAAAGUGGAUUAUCAAUUUUGGACCAUGCUACACUUACACCAAAAAAUAUACCUCAUUUGUACACCACAGGCUUCUCACUAUCUACGUUUAGAUUAACGAGAAGCGAUCAAAAUGGUGAACAAUAUGGAUCACGGGUUGCCCAAGUUUUCUCUUCUAGGUUAUGAUGAUUGGAAGAUCAUGAUGGAAGCACACCUCUACGCUCUACAUGAUUGCAUGUGGAUGGUGCUUGAGGAUGGACCCUUGAAAAUCCAAAUGGAGAAUCCUGAAAGGAAUCCAGCAACUCCAGAUGUAGUCCAGUACAUUCCAAAGCCCAAGGAAAAAUGGGAUGAUAGAGAUUGCAAAAAGCACAAUCUGGACAACGUCGCCAAAGCAGCCAUCUUCAAGACACUUGAUCCCAUCACCUUCUCCAAAAUCAAGUAUCUCAAGACUGCCAUGGAGAUAUGGCAAGGUCUUGGGAAGCUAUGUGAGGGAUCAGAGGACUUGAGAAAGCAGAAGAUAGAAGUUCUGCUUGAGAAGUUCAAAAGCUUCAAAAUGCUUCCCGGAGAAUCAUUCGAUAUGCUGGAUGAAAGAUUCCACAAAAUCUUGAAUGAUCUUGCAUCACUUAACCACGUUCUUUCUCCCAAAGAAAAGAAUGUAAGGUUGCUAAGAUCUCUUCCAACUGAGUGGUACACCAAAGCCACAGCCAUGGAAGAAGGAAGAAAUCUGGAGAACUACACUGUUCAAGGUCUUCUAGAUGAGCUCAGAACCUAUGAGCACGAGCUGAAGAAGAAGAAGGAAGAACAAGUCACUCCCUUCCCCACGGCACUGAUGACAACUCCAAGAGUCCCAUCAAGUGAAGGGACAUGCCCAAGAAACUGUGACACACCCUCCUCCAGCCAGCCGUCAAGUUCAAAAAUGGAGAACUACGAUGAGGAAUUUGCCAUGAUGGUCAAGAAAAUCCGGAAGUUCAAAAAGUUCUUCAAGAAAGCUGACUCAGUCUGAAGGCCAUCCAAGGUAAAGCCACAGGUAAGUGACUCUCCUCCUGAAUCUUAUUUGUGUUACAACUGCAGGAAGCCUGGCCACUG